AUGGGCAAUGAAGAAAACAAAGUCGACCCCCAAAAUGACUACGACCUCUCCAAACCCCUAACCGCUACCACCGGCCUACGACAAGGCCUCACCUCCUACGGCGACGCCCACUUCAGCCUCUUCCUCCGAAAAGUAUUCAUAAAAGCCGCGGGGUACGGCGAAGACGCCCUCUCCCGCCCCAUCAUCGGCAUCAUAAACACUUACUCUCAAUUCAACCCGUGCCACGCCAACAUACCCCAACUGCUCGAAGCCGUGAAACGAGGAAUCCAACUGCAUGGAGGUUUGGCAAUCGAGUUUCCGACCAUUAGUAUACAUGAGAGUUUUGCUUCGCCCACGAGUAUGUUUUUGAGGAAUUUGAUGGCGAUGGAUACCGAGGAGAUGAUUAAGGCGCAACCGGUGGAUGCGGUGGUGGCUAUUGGGGGUUGUGAUAAGACUGUGCCUGCGCAGUUGAUGGGAGGCAUUUCGGCGAAUAAGGUUGUGUUGCCGUUGGUUACUGGACCUAUGAUGCCGGGGUCGAAUAGAGGUGUUAGGGUUGGUGCGUGUACGGAUUGCAGAAGCCAGUGGGCGGCGUAUAGAGCUGGAGAGAUUGACAUGGAGGAUAUUGCUGCUGUGAACGAGGAACUCGCUCCUACGUCAGGAACUUGUGGUGUAAUGGGUACUGCAAGCACCAUGGCUUGCGUGACUGUUGCACUCGGGUUGAUGCCCUUCGAUGGCGCAACGGCACCUGCUGUUUCUUCGGCACGCCUGAGGAUCGCUGAGCGGGUGGGUGCGAACGCAGUCGCAGCAGCUGCAGCUCAAAGACUGCCUCAGUCAAUCCUUACCAAGGAGUCUUUUCUCAACGCUAUUACGGUCCUUCAGGCUAUUGGAGGAUCAACCAAUGCGGUGGUUCAUCUGAUGGCCAUUGUCAAUCGUCAUCCUGAUGUGGCUGGCUCGAUCACGCUGGAGACUUUUGAUGAAGUUGGAAGGAAGACACCACUUCUAGUGGACCUCAAGCCGAGUGGCGACAACUACGUAUNNAUGAACGACUUCCAUAAUGCUGGCGGUAUGCUUGCUCUAUUGCAUACACUCAAGCCACUACUUCACCUGGAAGCCAAAACGAUCAAUGGCAAGACUCUAGGAGAAGAACUUGAAGCCACGCCGUUCAAACCAUUCAAGUACUCAAGCGAACUGAUCAGACCGCUCUCGGAUCCGCUAUAUCCAAGUUCUGCACUUGUGGUGUUGCGAGGAAACCUUGCGCCGAGAGGAGCAGUGAUGAAAGCAGCCGCUUCGAAAGAAAGAAGCCUCCUCACCCACACGGGCCGCGCUGUAGUCUUCAAGAAUACGGCAGACAUGGCACAACGUAUUGAUGACCCGAACCUACCAGUGACCAAAGACUCUGUGCUAGUCUUACAAGGGGUGGGACCGAUUGGUAAUCCCGGUAUGCCAGAAGCCGGAGUCAUUCCCAUCCCUCGCAAACUCGGAGCUCAAGGCGUCAAAGACAUGUUGCGGAUAUCCGAUGGACGCAUGUCUGGCACAGCUGGCGGCACAAUCGUUUUGCACAUCUCGCCAGAAUCUGCACUACCUGAUUCGGUGUUUGGAUGUGUGGAAAAUGGAGAUUUGAUCGAGUGUGAUGUUGAGCAAAGACUUCUCAAGCUGCACGUGUCGGAUGAAGAAUUGGCGCACCGCAUUGCUGUGCGAUCAGCGGCUAAGAAGAAGGAAGAGCAUGGCACGAAGAGAAUCCACGGAAAGCAGCGUGGAUAUAGGGGAUUGUAUGAGCGAUGUGUAAACCAAGCAGAGGAAGGUGCUGACUUUGACUUCCUCACAGCAGCAGGACCUACGUAG